UGGGCGAAGAUGGCGUCUGCGGCUCAGGCGCUGAGCUGCUCGGGCUUGCUGCUGGCCGCCGCCGCCCUGGCGCUGCUGGCCGUGGCCAUCGGCACCGACUGCUGGUACGAGACGGACGCGCGGCGGCACCGCGAGCGCUGCCGGGGCUACGGCCACAAGCGCCAGGCCGGCCGCGACCCGCCGGGCUCCAUGUCCGCGCCCAGCCCGCACCUGCCGCUGCGCGCCCGCCCGCCCAGGGCCCUCGGGGCGGUGCGCCCACCCCCGCCGCCACCCCCCGCCCUGGCCCUGGCCCUGGCCCCGGCCCCGGCCCCGGAGCCGCACUGCGCACGCCGCUUCAACUCCACCGUCUCCGGCCUCUGGCGCCGCUGCCACCGCGCCGGCUUCGAGCCCGACAGCGAGGAGCUCAUCCGCAAAGGAGUUAUUCAGCGUUGCACAGCUGUGAAGUAUCACUACACCUCCUCUUCCCUGCCACGCAACUUGCCUGUUAAUAUUACUAACACCAUCCGUCAGGAUGAGUGGCACGCCCUCCAUCUACGGAGAAUGACAGCUGGCUUCAUUGGUAUGGCCGUCUCCAUCAUCCUCUUUGGGUGGAUCAUUGGCAUGCUGGGCUGCUGUAAACAGCAUGAGCUCAUGCAAUAUGUAGCUGGACUGCUCUUCCUUAUGGGAGGUACAUGUUGCAUCAUCUCUCUUUGCACGUGUGUGGCUGGAAUAAACUUUGAGCUGUCUCGCUACCCCCGCUACGUCUAUGGGCUACCAGAGGACAUCAGUCAUGGCUAUGGCUGGUCCAUGUUCUGUGCCUGGGGAGGCCUGGGACUAACGCUUUUGGCAGGAUUCUUAUGCACGCUAGCCCCCUCCCUCAACACUCCUCGGACUGUUGUGCAGAAACCCAGACAGGAAAAUGGCGCCGUGUGAUAACCACAGAAAGGAGAGCACAAGAGACUCUAGCAAGCACAGUCCAGCUCCAGCA